CUCUCCUUUUUCAUUGCUGUAGUGUCUUUCUAUGGUGAUGGCUACAUUCACCUGCGGACAGUGGAAGUGUCCAUUCAGACAUUGCUCCAUGUUCGGUUUCGAACCUCCAGUCAGACAGGGCUGCUGUUUCUGGCAGCUGGACACAGAGACUUCUUGCUGCUGGAGCUGAUCUCUGGGCGCCUGCAGGUACGUCUCAACCUUGGCUCAGGUGAGCGUUCACUACGCUCGGAAAAGGGCAUCCAUCUUAGCAACCUGGCGUGGCACUCCAUGGAGCUCACCCACAACCACCAUAAUGUCACUAUGACCAUGGACCGAAACUCUCACACCAGCCUCCAUAUGCCAGGGCCAGACCUGGAGCUCAGUGUUGAAGAUGGGCUUUUUGUUGGUGGGACAGCUGGACUGAACCAUCCCUACCUUCUCAACAUCUCUACUGGAUUUAGAGGAUGCAUAGAUGAAGUUGUGUUCAAUGAACAUAACCUACUGUCCAGCAUAAGGCCUUACUCUGGGUACAAGAGUGUCCAUGAGGUAUCUUUGGGUUGCAGUCCACAGUUUUCUGCAACAGAAGAAGAUUCUAUCAGUUUUUUCAGCUCUAAAGCCUUUAUUUCUCUCCCAGAAUGGGAGGUGCCACAGGAGGGUGUGUUUGAAUGUGAAUUGUACCCCUCAGCAAGAGAGGAAGAUGGCAUGAUCAUGUAUAGGUCUGGCAAACAGGGAGGGUUUAUUGCUUUAGAGAUCAAAGAUGGUCACCUGGUGGCAACUGUAGGAAAUGGAGAGGGGAGUAAGACUGAGCUGCGUUCUCUAACAUAUGUCCACAGUAACCACACCUGGUACCCCAUUCAGCUACGUCUUCUGUCAUAUAGUGUUCAGCUGAAGGUGGGCGAGGAGUUGGUGAGGGCCAACCUGAGUCUGGACCUCCAGGUCAUCCAGCUCAAAGGGCCUCUCCUCCUCGGAGGACUGGAUGAUGAAGCCCGCUUAGAGGCAAGGAGAGUUGGGCUGAUAUCCCUUGUGCCAGGGGGACAAGUUGCUGGAGGAGGAGGGAGCUCCUUUAAAGGCUGCCUCCGAGAAAUUAGGGUGAACACUCAAAGAAUGGGCCUGCCUCAUGCUGCCAUCACCAAGGACAUCAGUGUGGGUUGUAAGACAGAGCAAGCACCAGUGAGCACCACUGGUCCAGCAGAUCUUCCCGAAUUUGAUGUUACGACCACACAACCAAUUUUGAACAAUAAGAGGAACCCUAACAUAUUGUUACUGAGAAAGUUAGAGGUAUCAGAGGGAGGCCGGGCACCACUGGAACCCAAACACAUGAGGGUGAAUUUGGAUUUUCGGAAAUUGGGCAUUCAUCCAUCCCAGUUGAUGUUCCGCCUUGAGGGGCAGCCUGUCCAUGGUCAGCUGCGGCUAGACCUCAGUCCAGACCCUGGUGGGAUUCUGGGAGGGGGGCAGGACAAAACUAUUACAUUAGGAGCAGAAGAAGUCGAUCGAACUUUCAGUAUGCUGGACCUGUGGCAGGGUCGAGUGAUGUACGUUCACAGUGGAUCAGAGGUCCAGCAGGACUUUUUCAUGUUUUCAGUCUUCUCGAGCAACAAGAAGGAGCUGCCUCUGUUUGUGAAGGGCAACCGCCUGCACCGGUUUGAGAUCAACAUCAUUCCUGUUAAUGAUGCACCGGUGCUCAGCCUGCCAGAGGGAAACCUUUUCACUGUGGUAGAGAAGUCCAGACGACAGCUGACAACAGAUGUGUUGAGAGUGUUGGACCCUGACAGUAGUCCUGCAGAGCUGGUGUUCAGCUCCUUGGGAAAUCUCAGCACUGAAGUCGGACACCUUGAGCACCAGGAUUACCCUGGCAGGGCCAUUAACUCAUUCUUCCUGAAUGAUCUGGAGGAUGGUAAGAUCAGCUUUGUCCACACUGGGGUCACCACCUCUAGACUGGCGUUUAGGGUCAGUGAUGGGAUGAAGUUGAGCAACACAGUGGUUUUGAGAAUUAUGGCAGUGCCACUUGAACAUAAACUGGUGAACAACACUGCACUGGAGGUAAACCAAGGCGGAGCAUCUAUCAUUACAACCAAUAAUCUUGCAGUACAAGUUAAUGUCGCUGAUCAGGCAGUGGAAAUACACUAUAACGUUACAGACCUGCCACAAUAUGGUGAGCUCCAGCGGUUGCACUCAAGCGGUGAAUGGAAACCUACAACCUCCUUCUCUCAGAAGCUUCUGGAAAAAGAACGCAUCAGAUAUGUAAACACUUACCAUGGCCUUCAGACUCAGAGCAACAUCACUGACCACCUCAAAUGUAAAAUCAGUAUUGGUUCCCUGGCUACUGAGGAGGCUGUUAUCCUCAUUGUGGUACGCUGGAUCCACUUCAAGGUCACACGCAGCAAGAUGGAGCUCAACGGUAUUCAGACUACUGCUGUCACUCCUGAGGACCUCCAUGUGAUUUCUAAGGGUGUUAAACUCAAUGAGAGUGACCUGCACUUCAGGAUUCUAACAGUACCAAAGAAAGGGAGGCUAUUCCUCAACAACAAAGUUCUACAAAAGAACUCAACCUUCAGCCAAAAGAAUAUCACAGAUGGUCUGUUGAAGUAUGAGCUUCUCAACAGGGUGCAAGAUGACACAAGAGACACUUUCAGCUUUCAGGUGUUUUCAGCACAUGCCAACUCAACUACUUAUGAUUUCAGAAUCAACAUUAAGGCUGAGUCAUCCACCAUCACUGUUUUAAAUAAAGGCCUUUCAAUCCUGGAAGGAGGAAGUAAAGUCAUCAACAAAGAUAUACUGUUCACGCACACAGCAAGUAACCGGGAGGUCCUCUACAGGAUCACGGUGAACCCCAGGCACGGGCAGAUAAGGAGAAUCAACCUUUCCAACUCAACUUCCAUUAAUGACAACAUUGUGACAUUCACAAAUCAGGAUAUUAUUGAGGAGAGGAUCAUGUAUGUUCACGAUGACAGCGAAACUAAGCAGGAUUCCUUCACUUUUCAAAUUAUGGUUUACAAACCACACAAACAUACCACUAAGAAGGAGGAUAGAAACACUGCCGAACACACCUUUAACAUCUCUGUGCAGCUUGUAAAUGAUCAGAGACCUUUCAGGGUUGUCGAUAAAAUUUUCCACGUGGCCCGUGAUGGGCAGAGGUUGGUGACAUUAAAUGAUCUUUGUUACCGGGAUGAUGACUCUGACUUUGAGGACAGUUGGUUGGUGUACACAAGGAGGGGGAUUCCCAUGGGAGAGCUGGUGCUGGCUAGUGACACCAGUCACAAGCUGUAUGAGUUCACGCAGAGGGACCUUGAGCAGAAAAAAGUUCUGUUUGUCCACAGAGGAGUAAGUUUUGGGCGCUUUGUGCUUUUCGUAUCAGAUGGAAAACAUUAUGUUUCAACGCUGCUUGAGGUGACGGCUCAGGAUCCUUACCUUCAGGCUGAGAACAACACAGGCCUUGCGGUCCAGCGAGGUGGUAUCACAACUUUGACCUCUUCUAAUCUCAGCGUCUUCAGCAACCUUGACAUCCGAGACCCACAGGAAGUGACAUAUGAGGUCUUUCUUCCACCUAAACAUGGUGUGCUCUGCUUUAGGGAUGAAGAUCGUAAGUCUGUAACAAAAGCAGAUGCUAUUUCAAUAUUCACCCAGCAAGAUUUGGUGGUGGGGCGCUUGGUCUAUUACCAUGAUGGUAGCCAUGAACUGUCAGAUGGGUUCAAUGUAACAGCUAGAGCAAGGGAGAAGAGCACAGAGAGGCGACUGGACAGAGGGAGAAGAGAGGUACAUCUGGACAUCGGAGUGCCAGUAAAAAUCUACCUGGAAAGUCAUCAGCGGGCACCAACAGUCAUAAAUAACCAUCCAGUGGUUGUGGCAGAGGGACAGAGUAUCUCCAUAAGCAGAGAGCAUUUGGAGGUGGUUCAUGAGGACAGCCAGCCCUCAGACAUAGUUUUCACUGUCUUAAGUCCUCCAACCCUGGGUUUUCUUCAGAGGAUUCCUCCCAGCGACAAGCACCAAAACAACAAUGGAGAACAGUGGCACAGCUAUCAAGGCAUCACAGAGCAGUCAACAAACUCCUUCACUCAGGAGGACCUCAUCCAGGGAAUGAUCGUCUACCAUCAGCAGGCUGCAGGAAGCACCAACGACUCUGUUCUGUUGGAGGCAACCAAUGGGAUCACAAACGUCGGACCUGUCAGGCUGGACAUUGAUAUCAUCCCUAUCCUGCUCCCCCUACAGGUGUCUGACUUGACCCUUGAUGAAGGUUCAUCCCUGCCACUGACCUCCGACAUCAUCAAAGUUGCCAAUCAUCACUUCUCAGGGAUGAACUUUCUGUACCAGGUCAUUGUUCCACCGAGGCACGGGCACUUGGAGCACAGCCGGAUCCCGGGGAUGCCCAUCACUGCAUUCACUCACACUGAGGUGGAACGUGAGUACAUCUCCUAUAUCCAUGAUGGCAGCGAGACACGGAGAGACAGCUUUACCAUUGUGGCCAAUCAGACGGAAAUUAGGAAGCACAGUCUGCCCUGCACUGUUCAUGUCAUUGUCACGCCUGUCAAUGAUGAGACCCCUGUUGUUACAGCCAACAAGGGUCUCAAGGUGUGGGUGGGUUCAGUGACAGAAAUCACAGUAAAUGAACUAAACGCAGAGGAUUCAGACACUCUGCCUGAGGGACUGGAGUUUGUCGUCACACCACCAAGCAACGGCCACUUGGCCCUGAAGAGCGCCCCCUCCAGGCACAUCCUGAACUUCACCCAGAAUCACAUACAAAGAGGACAACUGGUGUUUGUGCAAACUGGUGCUUUGUCAGGUGGCUUUCACUUCCAGGUGAAUGACGGCGUGAACUUUGCCCCUCGCCAAAUCUUCAGCACAACUGCCUACUCCCUGGUCCUCACCCUGCAGAGAAAUCAUCCACUGGAGGUCUACCCAGGCUCUGUGACACCAAUCACUGAGCAACAGCUUCAGGCCAUAACCAACAAUGUCAGCGACAUCAGAAGAAACCACUCUGUGGUGUUUGCAGUGACUGCUCCUCCUAAACUUGGUCGUCUCAUCCGACGAAUGCCUGACAACUCUACACUGGACAUUUCCACGUUCACACAAAGCAUGGUGAAUGAUGGGGUUAUUCUGUAUGAUCAGAAGAAGCCUGAGUCAGUAGGAUGGUCAGCUGCAGACUCUUUCUCUUUCACUGUGUCCUCCCCUCCUGCUUUCCUUCCUCCACACACCUUCACCAUCUUAAUCUCCUACCAGGCCAACGAACAUCAUGACAAUCCUCAACACAAGACUAGACUGCUGAACAACGCAGGUGCUGUGGUGGCUGAGGGCGGCAGGGUGAUGAUUGACAGUUCAAAACUUGAUGCCUCCAAUCUCCUUGAGCAAGUUCCAGAGCCCCACAGGAAAGAUCACCACAUCCUGUACCGUGUGAUUUCCCUGCCACGCCACGGGGCUCUGUUUAUAGGAGGACACAACCUCACCAGGAACCAACCUGAUUUCUCCCAGGUCACGCUAAACAAGCUUGGCAUCACAUACAUCCACGAUGACUCUGAGACAACGAGCGACAGUUUCACUUUCCGAGCCUGGGUGGCUCCUCUGGAACUCUCCUCGUCUUCCUCCUCAUCUUCUUUGUCUUCUUUUUCCUCUGAUUCUUCCUCCUCCUUUUCCCCUCUCUACUCAGCUUCGUCAUCUUCCUUUUCAUCAUUAGAUGUGGCUUCUCAUCGCCAUGACAGCUUGGUGGUGACAGAGAAAUUCAACAUCACAGUCACACCAGUCAAUGAUCAGCCACCGCUCAUCAGGAGCAGAGCCCCAAGUAUGAAGGUCGUGGUCGGAGAAAGAGUCGUACUUGGACCAGACAGUCUGCAGGUUGAGGAUCAUGACACCCCUCCAGAGGAGCUGCACUACCUUGUGAUCAGUAAGCCCAACAAUGGCUACCUGACGCUGGGGGAACGACCAGAGCCAGUGACCUCCUUCACUCAGUAUGACGUGAACCACGGCAGGCUGCACUUUAUACAGCAGGGUGAACCCUCAACAGGUGUUUUCUAUUUCAAUGUAACUGAUGGUCAUCAUCGUCCACUCUACAAGCUGUUCAGUUUGGAGGUGAUAAAGCCAUCUGUCUCAAUGGUGAACAACACUGGCCUGUCAUUGGUGCAGGGCAGGACUGCUGUGGUCCUGACAACCAACCAGCUGGCAGCUCAAACCAACAGUCAAAGCCCAGCCAACAUCACAUAUGCGGUCACCACACACCCUCGCCAUGGACGCAUUGCUAUUAAUGACCAGGAAGUCACAACCUUCUGCCAUGAAGACUUGCAGUUUGGCCGUGUUGUUUACCAUAUGACUGACCUCAGUGAAUCAGAGGACAGCUUCCAAGUGUCAGUGUCAGCCUUGUCCCCUGGUGUUGACUAUGGAAAUGUAACAGCACAGACGGUCAAGGUAACUGUGCGGCCUCUGAUCUACCUGAGGGAGCCAGUAAGAGUUCCCAGUGGUAUCGCUGUGAAGCUGGGGAAAGCCAUGAUAGAUGCCUCUGAGCUGGCAAGAAUCAGCCGAGCCGACCCGGUCUUUGAGGUUCUUUCCCCACCAAAACAUGGAAAACUAGUCAAGAUGACUUAUGACCCUAACCGAGCAUCAGAGGUCCUGAAGUCGUUUACAUUCAGAGAUGUGGUGCAAGGCCGGGUUGCCAUUGAGGAGACUCUAAGUGACGGUGACCACCAACCUCAUAACAACAAAUCAGCGCUCACAACAGCUCGAGGCCACGCUCCCGCCACAACUCUCAAUGAUUCUUUCAUUUUCCUGCUUAAGGCUGGAAAUGUCCAACCAGCAAAGGGUGAGCUUCACUUCACCAUCUUUCCCCACCAUCAGAUGCAUCAUGGACUGAGUGGUUCAAAUAAAGUAGAGGGCGCGAGUCGGGAACACACAACAACCCGUCUGCCAACACAUAAUAGAACCACUGCCGGAGGAGAAAGAGGAGGUGUUCGUGGGGGGGGAUCCACGACACACAGUGGAGUUGGGGUGGGUUUGCCCCCCCACAUUUUGUCACAUAGGAAUCACAACAGGACACAGCACAAGCUGAGGCCUCAGAGCCGCUGGGGAAACCACACACGCAGUGGGAGUCAUGGAGGAAGAUCAGGAAGCGGUGCAGAAGGAGCAGGAAGGAGUCACAGUCAUGCCCCACAACCCCACACUCCUUCUGCCUCCGACAAACAUGGUCCAGUGAUCCCUCCUGACAUCCACCCGGUUCACGUUGAGGUCCUCCCUCGCCCUGCCUCUGACCCUCUCCUUAUCAUCCUGCCCCUGUUGGCCUGUUUGCUUCUCAUCAUAAUUCUUGUAGUUUUGAUUCUGGUGUUCCGACGCCGAAAGGAAAAACAGGCCCGACUGCGACUCCUCCAGCAGCUUGCUGCAGUGGCUUUACCCACUGAGGGCAGUCCUUAUUUGGGCCGGGCUGAGCGAAGCGUGGCUAUGCCCUCUGUGGUGGUCACCCCUCUGGUCCCCAGAAGCUGCCCUACCUCACCCAGGAUGCCCAUAAGUCCCAGAAGGAGGAGUCUGGCCCCUGGGAUGACCUUCUGGGGGCCAUUUGAAGCUGAUGGAGCAGGUGGUGAUGGGAAUAUUCGAGAUGGUAACAGUAUUGGAAGAGAUAGUGUAACCUGUGGUGGUGCUGCUGUCACUGCAGGAUUCAAGACCUCUCUAAGAUCAAGGUCUCCAACUCCAACUCUUAAAGACAACCAGUACUGGGUUUGAUCGAAGUGAUUCAAGAAAACCUGUGCCUUAGAGGUGGAUUCUUUGUGCGCGCAUCUGACCUGCUAUGAACUUAGAAAGAGGACAAAAAUAUGCACAUUUGUUGAAGAAGUUGUUCCUUUUUUGUCUGCCAUUAUGUUUAAGUCAUUUCACUGAACUUGAACUGAACACACUAUGUACUGAAAAACUUUUAUGUGUAAGACAUUUUCCAGCUACCUAGGAGAUGAGGUACUAUACAAAAUAAACUAAAUCCAUAAUUGCUGCUUAGGCAGGUGUUUGUCUUAGUUCUUUCAAAGUAUUUUUCACCUUUUGCAAAACUUGACUACAAUGGUUUGACAUAAGCAUAAGACACAGUCACAGUUUUGUAACAAACAGUCUGGUUCCCCAAUACACUGGUUUAACUUCUGCGGUUGUGAUGAAUAUAAUGUUAUAUUUUCAUUACUAAGGAAGUGAAACAUAGACUGUGUGAAACAUUUAUUGUAAAAAUAGAGUUAACGUAGCUGAAUUUUACGGUAGUUCAAAAGGAUUGACGUAUGACUUCUUCAAAAGUAUGUUUGUCAGCUGGUACGUCAUAGUGACUACUUGUACUGUAAAUUUUCAAGUCCGUACAUGCAAUUUAUUUUCUAACCUUCACCCCUCAUGCACAGGCACAGAUGUCAUUCAGUGCUGAGUACUUUCAUGUUUCCUUUGACUGCCGUCAUGUAACUGUUCGUGAUAGUCCAUGUAAAGUAUUAACAAAGACAUGGAAAGCUUCCUUAGUUCUUGUUAUUCCUCAGUGCUCAAUAUUUUUGUCACGUUUAUGCCAGCCUCUUUUCACCGUGCACUGUGAAAGACUUAUUUUUAAUAAAAAAUAUUUCUUCAA